AUGUCUUCUCAAGCUACGUCGCAGUUGGUCGUUGGCCACCACCCAGGAUCUGACAGCGGCAAGACCCUCGAGACCUCCAUGCCCGCAGAAGUUAUGAACCAAAAGCUGGUUAUGCUUGAAGAAAUCCGCGCCAUUCACAUUCAUAGCUCUGGAGGCUCAUCAACAGAAGCAAAAAACGAGGCUGACGAUGCAGGAACCCGCGUGGCCCAACCCGAUGCUAUAGCCAACAGAGUGUCAAGGCGUAUUGGCUGGGUGAAGGCCGCAAUACUCAUGGUAGCCGAAACAAUGUCACUAGGCAUCAUGUCUUUACCUCAGGCCAUGAAUUCUCUGGGCAUGAUCGUCGGUGCAAUCCUCAUCUGCUUCUGCGGCGUCCUGAGCGUUUUGAGUGGUCUCUUACUCUGGAAGGUCAAGCUGAAAGUCCCUGAAGUCGCUAGUUAUUGCGACAUCAUGAACAAAAUGUAUGGUCGGAAAGGAACCUGGAUGUCCACAACCAACAAUGGCACCAUACUCAUUCUCGUCAUGGCCGCGCACAUCAUUACAUGGACCGAAAUGGUUGAUGUUCUGAGUAAUGGCAACACUCCUUGCUUAGUCUACAUCAAAGCCGCUGGAGCGUUCGGCAUGGCAUCGUUGUCACUGCCCAAACUGCUUAGAAGUAGCAUGCCGCUUUACUAUGUUGCUGCUGGAUCCAUCGUAACGGCAUCUUUCAUCCUGAUCAUCGGCGGCGGACUGACAUAUGAAGACUUGGGAGCAAAAAGCGCCUUCCUCAUCGUACCACUACGUCUGCUCAAGUUUUCUGCCGUGGCGAGCAACAUCAGCAACGUCAUGAUCUCAUAUGCCGGACACGUGGCCUAUUUUCAGAUUAUGGAUGAGAUGAAGAAUGUGAACGACUUCUGGAAAUCGCUCUGCCUCGCAAAUGGAGUGAUCGGGAUGAUGUAUUUCCUGAUUGCCGUGGUUGGAUACAAGUUCUUCGGUCAGGACGUGGCCUCUCCAGCUCUGAGCUCUGCAUCUCCCAUGAUCAGAAAGUGGGCCUGGGGCAUUUCCAUUCCGACCAUCAUCGUUGCGGGAGUCAUUGCAGCGUUUAUACUCAAUCACGAUAUCCUGGAGUUGAUCUGGAGCAAAGAGCAACUAUCUCAUGACGAAGCAAAGACCACAUCGAUCCCGAACAUUGUUGACGAGGAAAAAGAUGCGACGGGAAAUCAGACGAAUAUACAGUUGCAAAACUCUGUCAACUCGUCAUCAAUGCUAUCCUACAAGAAUGAGUGGAUUGGCCGGGUCCUAAUCAACGCUGCUACGUGGAUAGCCGCCUUUGUCCUCUCGAACGUCAUCCCCGAUUUUGGCAAUCUCAUGGGAUUGAUGGGCUCUCUCGUAGGCUGGACGAUCGCAAUCGGACAACCAGCCUUGUUCUGGCUCUGGACGGAAUGGAACCCUGUCAAAAGCGAAAGCAACAACAAAGUUCUAUGGAAGGAGAGCAUACAGCGCUCGUAUUUCCAUCAUUACAGCACCGCUUUCUGGUUGUGCUUUUGUGUUUGCAUGUUGGUUAUAUGGCCCGUGGCUGCUGUGACGGGGGUUUAUGGGAGUGGGGUGUUGAUUCAGGAGGCACACGCCAAGAAUGGUGCCUUUUCUUGCAAUACGAUCUCCCUUAUGAGAUAG